AGGACGCCCCUCGUCCUCUUACUGGUUCUCCCACGCUUUUCUCCCCCUUGGCUCUCCUUGGCUGUGACUCGUUGUCACUCCCCCAUCUUCUACAGUUGAUUGCCUUAGAAUCUACAAUCCUUGACCUCUUCUCGCCUCUUUGUCACCUCACCAACCUGCAACAAUCCUAUCGUUACACUUGCGUUCACACAUCUUGGACGGAUCCUCUCGUCCCCCUCCAGACCAAGUCCCUCUUCUCCCCCACACAAUAGCAUAAGCGAAUGUCAACUUGCCAGCUCAUGAUGGCUCAACAUUUCCAUGUUGCGCACCAUUCCGCCCAUAAACCCAAAGAAACAUCUAGUCUUUCGACCAUUCUUCAACUCGCCAAUGGACUCACCUCAAAGUCAGUCCUGUGCAAAGAGUUGGAGGAUGGUCGAAACCCAAAAGAAGAUUACACGUUCAAACCAGUUGUGAGUGAGACGGGUCUCAACAAACCCCCAGAUACACUGUCCGAACCGACAAGAGUCAUCGUAGUCGGUGCCGGAAUUGCCGGCCUUCGCGCUGCAUCCGUUCUCCAAACUCAUGGUGUCCAAGUCAUCGUCCUAGAAGCCCGCCCCGACCGUAUCGGAGGCCGCAUCUAUACCAGUAGGAAGCCAGGAAGAGCACCAAGAGACAUUGGAGCUGCAUGGGCCCACGAGACCAGCCAGAACAAACUACUCCCCCUCAUCGGCCAGCUCAAGGUCGAGCAUUACUAUGACGAUGGUACUCCCUUGUACUUCACUCGAGACGGUCGUCUCGGUUCACAAUUCAAAGCUAAAAAGGUUGCUGAUGAAUUCGCUGACUAUCUCGAAUACUACUACGAAGAGAACCCUGACGCUGAGGACAAGUCUGCCCUCACCUUUAUUCAUGAAUGGGUUGCUAGUCACCCUCUGAUUACUGAAGAUGAAAGAUUGUGGGCUCCUCAGGUUGCUCGUGAGGUGGAAGCCUGGAUAGGAACAAGCCUCGAGCAAGCCUCAUCCAAGCACCUAGCCUACUUUGCCAUUGAACGAAAUCUGUACAUGAAAGGUGGCUAUGACACUAUUGUUGAUUGGACUGCCUCAAGCCUUCGUCAUCAAAACAUCCUUCGACUUGGUCACGUCGUCACUAAGAUCGACUGGAACGAGGAUGAGGGCAAAAAGUGCAUCGUUCGUGCCAAAACCCCCAGUGGUGCAGAGUCCGUCUUUUCAGCCGAGGCGGUCAUUUGUACCCUGCCCCUUGGAGUGCUACACCACGACCUCGUCGAGUUUAGCCCCCCACUGACCGACGACCUUCGACUGGGUUUGAGUAAGCUCAGCUACGGUGCUCUCGGAAAGGUCUUUUUCGAGUUUGAAUCCGUCUUCUGGCCCAAAGACAACGAUCAGUUCAUUUAUUACCCUGAUCCUACCACCGAGCCAGUCGACCAAAACUCAAUUCUAUCAUAUAUGACGGUCACCAGCAACAACUGGAUCAUGAACGGCGUCAAGGAACUGUCCGUCCAGAUUGUUGAGCCACUGACCCAACGCAUCGAGGCAAUGGAAUCAGAUCAAGAGAUCUUUGCAUUCUUUGAGCCUCUUUUCAAACUCUUUCGGACUGAACCCUACAAGAAACUGCCGCCAGUAGUGAAUCUGGAAACGACACACUGGACACAGGAUCCAUAUGCAGGGUUUGGCACGUAUUCUGCUGACAAGGUUGGCGACGAACCCGACCUCUGGAUGGAUGCCAUAGAAAGCAGACAACAGAGCAAGUUGCAAUUUGCCGGCGAGCACUGUGCACGCACCGGAAACGGAUGUGUACAUGGUGCUUUUGCGACCGGUGAGACUGCCGCUAUCAAUGUUCUAACUAUGCUUGGGGUCGCACACAAUGGCGGAGACGCCUUCAGCAGACGCCCAGCAAGGAAAUCGCCACCAAGACACUAAUUCAACUCACAAUGAAGCAGUGUAUGUGGCUGUUGAGUCGACUACGACACAUGGAUGAUGUGGACAUGGCUGGUAUUUUCUACCGCCCGAGACAAUGUCUCUGAUCGAUGGUCACGCUAUGUUUAUCUGCACCCUUUUAUCUGUUUCACUUUCCUAUAGUUCCCCUCGUUUCUCUCCUCGGCACCACUGUUCCUUGACAGACCAGCCAUCAGAGCUAGGUACUUUUAUAGUAUGAUUCUAUAGUCUAAAUCGUUAAAGGAGUGGGUUUAGUUUAUAAGAUAAGUUUAGUUCACGUGGGCCACAACGUCUCCCAAGGCCAUUGUCUCAAA